AUGAUCAAACUCCUAUACCUGCUUGUGUUCUACUUUGGCGCUCUCGCGACGGCUUGGUCCAUAGAGAGUGGCUCUUUGCGAACACAGGGUCUUCAGAGUCCCAUUAGCAUCAACGUCAUAAAGCCUCGUCUAUCCUGGCGUCUGACAUCCCAAAAGCGGAAUGAUAGCCAGAUUGCCUAUCAGAUACAAGCAGCCUCUACGGCAUCGAGCUUCCACAGUUUACUGUGGGACACGGGGAAAAUAUACAGUUCAAACAUCUCGGCGCUCUAUGCUGGGAAGAAACUCGAGUCUCGGUCUCUUGUGUACUGGAGAGUCCGCGCCUGGAAUAGCCAGGAACAAAUGUCAUCAUGGAGCGAGCCAUCGAUGUUUGAAAUCGGACUUCUACAUUCAUCUGACUGGAGUGCUCAGUGGAUCACCAACGAUUUGUUCGAGCUGGGAACGAACUCCCUACCUAUAUUUGUACGGGAGUUCCAGGUAGAGUGCCAGACCACGAAAGCGCGGUUGUACGCCCUGGGUCUGGGCAUGCAAUCGAUUUCAUUAAAUGGCGAACCGGUCACCGACGAGGUUCUAGCUCCAGGGUACUCUAACUUCAACAAGACGCUGCUCUACACCACAUACGACAUCACACAGGCAUUGAAGAAAGGCAGUAACUUUAUCAGAGUGGAACUUGGCCGCGGCGAAUGGGAUACUCAGUCUGCUCUGGGCGGCCGCUAUAUGAAAUACACCGCUGCAGCAAAGCCGCUUAUUUUGCUUGCGCAACUCGAGUAUACCUGCAGCAAUGGUACAAUAAAGGUCGUUGCCUCUGAUGACACCUGGGUAACUUCCGUUAGUGGGCCGACAUUAGAGUCCGCAUGGUAUGGAGGAGAGGAAUACGAUGCACGCAUGGAGAUCAGUGAUGCAUCCGCCUCGUACGGAAAUUCCAGUGACUGGGUCACUGCCAAUAUCACCACAGGCCCAUCGGGGAACUUAACUGGACCUCUGUAUCCUGCGUUGAAAAUCGUCGAUACAAUCAAUGCUGUGAGCGUGUCAGGUCCUUAUGCGGGACAGUACGUGAUCGAUUUCGGCACCAACUUUGCCGGAUGGUACUCUUUGGUGAUAAACGAAACAGCUGGAACGAGAGUAACAAUGUGGCCCGCCGAACGAUUGUUAGCAGACGGAGCUAUCGACCAAUCAACGACAGGAAGACCAAUAUACGAUGCCUUCACGUCAGCUGGUGUGAGUCAAGUGUACAGUCCCAAAUUCAUGUAUCAUGGAUUUAGGUAUCUCGGAGUGAACUUGACAUCAGCGCCUCGGAGCUCAGAUGCGGUAGGGCUGGUGAUACGUACAGAUUCGGAGUCUGUCGGCGAUAUUUCGACAAGCGACUCAAUGCUCAAUAGCAUCCAUCGGAUCAUCAAUAGAGCAAUUCAGAGUAAUCUCUACAGCGUCAUGACGGACUGCCCUCAUCGAGAGAAACUGGGCUGGUUAGAGCAAACACAUCUUGUUUUUGAGCCAGUCAACAUGAACUAUGACAUCCAAGCCUUUGGUAGGGGAGUUGUGCAAACUUUGGUAGACUCUCAGACCACCGACGGGUUAAUUCCCGAUAUCGCUCCCGAGUUUGUUGUGUUCGAGGGCGGUUAUCGGGACGAUCCAAAUUGGGGUAAUGCCAUAGUCUUGCUCCCCCUGAUGCUAUACCAGAUGUAUGGGGACUUAGACUUGCUGGAGGAAUUAUAUGACGCCAUGCAGAAGUAUGUGGACUUUCUGUCUGCUAAGACCUCGACGGGCAUAUUAGACUAUGGGCUGGGAGACUGGGUUGCAUUCGACACCACAACUCCACUGGGUAUCACCGCGACAUUUGGCUAUGUGCAAGCAUUGCAAGGCAUACAGGAAAUCUCGAAAGCUCUCGGCAAAAAUACUGAUGCCACGACUUAUGCGGAGACAAUUGCCAACGUUCUCAAGGCUUUCCAAUCGACAUUUGCUACCACCAUCAACGGAACAUAUGCUUACGGCUCAGGAUCUCAAGCAAGCAAUGCCAUGGCACUCGAUUUGGGCGUGGUUCCGACUGAAUAUGUGGCAACGGUCACUCAACAGAUUGUUGAAGCAAUCAAGAACAAUGGCAGCCAUCUUAGCGUGGGUGAAAUUGCUCUGCCAUCCCUGUUUCGGGUCUUGCAGGCGCAAGGGGAAAGCGACAUAAUUUACGAUAUGGUCACAGUGCCUAGUUCCCCCAGCUAUGCCUAUCAAGUUUUGCAUGGUGCUACAUCCUUGACGGAACGAUGGGAUGGGCCAACCGCAUCAUGUUCUGGCUGUAACAGCCUAAAUCAUUUCAUGCUUGGAUACGCAGACCAGUGGCUAAGCCAACUAAGCGGUCUCUCACAGGCCGAAGAUUCGAUUGCUUGGAAUGCCAUUGACUUCUCUCCCAUCUUCAUUUCCAACAUGACAAGCGCUAGCAGCAUUUACCGUAGCAUUCGUGGCUUGGUUUCCGCAACCUGGUCGCUCUCCUCCACUGCCCUCCAUUACAAUCUCACUGUGCCGAUCGGCGCUACCGGAAACGUCACUCUGGAUACUCAUCAACUCGGCUUCACACGGCUUAAGGAGAGUGGUGUCGCACUGACAUCCAGGUCUCAUGGAAAUGGUAUCCUCUCGGUGAACAUGAACAAUACUACGAUCACGGUCAAGGUCGGUUCUGGGAAGUACUUUUUCGUCGCAAAUUGA